UUGAGCUACUGGCCAAUCAGAGCCUGGUAUCAGCCGGACGCCAUCCAGUUCGUCAACUGGAAGGGUCGACAACUCGUCGUUUCUGCCAACGAGGGAAAACAGAAGAAGUACCCCAACUUCCGGGAGUAUAUACGUGGAAAACAGUUCACCGGUCUUGGGGAUCAGAUCCCAGAGGUGGUCAAGACCUGGCUUCAGGAGGACUCCCAGUUGGGCAGACUCAAAAUGUCCAAGCUGGACGGGAAGGACGACAAGGGGUUAUACCAGGCUCUGUACACUUUCGGCGCCCGCAGCUUCUCAAUCUGGGACGCUGCUGACAACUUCAAGCAGCUCUAUGACAGUGGCAGUGACAUCGAGACCUACACAGCCCUGAAGUGUCCACACGCCUUCAACACCGAGGGGGAUGACAUCGAUGAGAAGUCUGACAGCAAGGGUCCAGAAACAGAAGCUCUCGCUGUAGGACAGAUAGGAGACCGGCUCUAUAUAUUCGUAGGGAACGAGAACCCGGGAGUUAUUUUUGUAUACAGUAUCGGAGAAAACGUCACACAGCCUCGUUUUGAGACAAUAUUCUGCAAGGGACUUCCCGAUGACAAGACAACCUUGGAAGAAAAGUUCGUUGCCAGAAAACUCUUUGCUAUGGACCCAGAAGAUAUAAAGUAA